AUGAAUGCAAUCUUGCCUGAACAAACAGCUACUAGCAAAAAGGAUGCCAACAAUCUGAGAAACCCAAUUUGUUAUCAUAAAACACCAACUGAAAAAAGGGUAGCUCUUGUGGCACUACACCACCCAGAAUACUCUGCUCAAAAACAUGCUCUUCCCCAAAAUCUUGCUGCUCUCCGUACUACUAUUUGGUUAACUAUAUUUCCUCCAAACAUGGUACUAAGAGUGAACAUCGACCAAAUAGAACCAGCAACACGAGAUUGGAUUUGCAAAGUUCAAAUUGUCGAAAUAGGACAGCCACGAGAAAACCUAGACAAGAAAUGUACAUUCCAAAAUUUAAUUUUGGAAGAUGAAGAGGAAUGCCAAAUUAAAGCCGUUAUGUACAGUGACAAAAUCAAGCAGUAUGCAGCUACACUUAAACUCCUCAAUACCUACCUAAUCUCUACUGCAAAAGUUAAACUGUCAACAACUUCAUACGGAAAACCUAUACAUAAAUUUUACUGGAUACUUGACAAAGAAACAGUAAUUGAACAAAUCAAAGCAUCUAAUGAAGUUGAAAAAGCACUCCCACCGCCAACCAAGCUGAAUAUCACCAGCUUUGACCGCAUUCCUCAUCUGAUGGUUGAUUCUGCUGCAGAAAUAGAUAUACUAGCAAUCGUUCUUCGUUGUGGUCCUCAAAAGAACGCCGGUCACAGUCAUCAUAGGUGUCGCGAAAUUACCCUUUGUGACAAUCAGCGAAAUCAGUUUCUCUUCACUCUGUGGGAGGAUUUUGGAGAAAUAGAAGGACAUGAAAUCUCCUCAAAAAUGACAACAGAGGCAGAUCUGCUUGUAAUCCUAGGAAGAAGUAUAGGAAUCUCUACUUAUCAAGGGUUAUCACUGCAGACUAGGUACAAUUCCACAGUACGUGUGAAUCCAAAUUACCCCCAGGCACUGGCACUCAUCAACUGGGCAAAAGAAAACAAAACAAUGUUGUUAGGUUCUCCAUCAGAGAAAACCUCAACAAGCUCAUCUAUCACUCCCAUGAUAGUCACUCCUGCUGGCCAACAACUUAUCUCUAUUGCACAAAUCUCAUCAGCACCUUCUAUGGGAGUGUUCUAUGUUGAAGCAGAGAUGGGCAUAUUAGAUGAGUUCCAAGACUUUUGUGUGCUUGAAUGCUCAGGAUGCAAACAGAAGAAGCGGACAAAGGAUAGAAAGGAUUUUGAAUGUCCAAAAUGCAAUCGGAAAACAUCAUUAGUACCUCGCUGUAGCUUUCAAAUUGAUCUUAUUGACGGUACUGCUACAACCACAGCAUCUAUCUCUGCUGAAUUAGGAGAAAACUUACUGUCCAUGACAGCAGAAGACAUAUUUGACAUAACUUGCACUAAGCGACAAUCAUUGUCUCUUAAUCAUCUCCAUGAGAUGCUGUCAAACAAAGUAUUCGAAAUUCAGCUAAGGAAGUCAUCUUGGGGCAGCUCAAAUACCACGAAUGCCACUUUGUCCAUUCUUUCCUACAUGGAAAAACAACAUACUCCACAGAGCACUACUGAUAGGACUUGUAAAAAGAUAAAGCCUUUGGAAAUAACUGAGGUAGAAGUGCUGCCAACAACUGCUGCAGCUGGUCCUUCGAAUGCACUGGCAAAAUUUGAACCACCCACACCUACCAAAAAGGUGUAAAAGGAACUCCGUCACACCAUUUUGUCACUUUUGCUUAUGCUAGGGACAAUAUAAGGAAUGACUGUCCCAGUGCUCUGGUUUUUUGCAUCAGCAAGAUUACCUAUGGACAAGCAAACUGCUGUGUCCUCUAAAUAUGAUAGACAAUGACAUGCUAAUCUUAAAU